UUCUGGGCCACGCUUCAAGAGCAGACGGUGGGAUAAGACCAGUAGUGGAAUCUGAAAGAGAGAUUAACUGUAACCAAAGGACAAAAAAAGAAACCAUGGCUGGCCAUUUUACCAGAGGACCCAGUUUUGGAAUGUCAGCUGAGGUCAAGAGCAAGUUGGCUGGGAAGUAUGACCCGUUGAAGGAGGAGCAGCUACGACUGUGGAUCCAGGAGGUGACGGGACGCCGCGUCGGUGACAACUUCAUGGAAAGCCUGAAGGACGGCGUGCUCCUGUGCGAACUAAUCAACAAGCUGCAGCCAGGAUCUGUGAGGAAGAUCAACAACUCUGCAACCCAAAACUGGCAUCAGCUUGAGAACAUCGGUAACUUUGUGCGAGCCAUCACUGAAUAUGGACUCAAGCCUCAUGACAUCUUUGAGGCCAACGACCUCUUUGAGAAUACAAACUACACACAGGUCCAAUCCACACUGAUCACCCUGGCCGGAGUGGCCAAGACCAAGGGCUUCAACACCAAAUAUGACAUUGGGGUGAAGUAUGCUGAGAAGCAGUCACGCAAGUUUGCACCAGAGAAGAUCAAGGAAGGACGCAACGUCAUCGGUCUGCAGAUGGGCACCAACAAGUUAGCUAGCCAAAAGGGCAUGACGUCCUAUGGAACACGGCGGUUCCUAUACGACCCCAAGGCUGGCAAUGAUAACCCUCUGGACCAGUCCACCAUCAGUCUUCAGAUGGGCACCAAUAAAUGUGCCAGCCAGGCUGGCAUGACUGCGCCUGGCACCAAGAGGCAGGUGUUUGACACGAAGAUGGACCUGAUGAACUGCGACACAUCGACCGUGUCCCUCCAAAUGGGCACCAACAAGGCGGCCUCCCAGCGGGGCAUGACACCCCUGGGCCUCCCGCGCCAAGUCUACGACAAGAACUACUGCUCCAAGGUCGACGAGUACUACAACGACACCUACUUUGAUGGCUACGCUGACUAAGCUCAAUAGGCGGGGUCUGUCCACUCGAAAGUAAACAACAACAAAAAAUGUAAAAUGUAAAAAUAAAAAAAGAAUAGAAGAAAAGGAAAGAAAAACACACAUAACUGUUCAAGUCGUUAUUGUUUACGGUCAUGACAUGUCAAGCUCCGGUGUCAUGUUGAUUGUGUUUGACUUGCAUUGAAAUAGCUUCAGACAUGCAACACUCAAUCUCUCACUACUGAGUUUAUUUUGACAGAGCAUGUAGACAGUUUAGAUUUAGGUUAGGUUUUGUUCGACUUGUUUAAUUCAAUUCUAACUCAAAUUAGUGUAGUUAGGUACUUAAUUAUUCAACCAAAAUAAGCUGAAUAUUCCAACUGAUCCUCUCCUACAAGAAGAUUUCAAAUCUGAAAUCCAUUUUGUUGUGUUCUUUUUAUAUUUACAUUUACAGCAUCCCAAAGAAUCAGUACUAUCAGCUGCCAGCUGUGGAAUAUCUGGAAAAUAAACAUUAGUCGGUAACACUUUACUUCAGGUUUCUACAUAAGAGUGACAUGGCACUGCCAUAACCCUGACACUAACCCUAACUUGUCAUUACAAAAACCGA